UAUGCUACAAACAAAAGAACAUGCAAUUCAAUGUCAAUCAUCGCAAUCAUCACUACUACCUUUCCUUUCUCUUCUCUGAUCUGAUACAUUUUUGGUGAUUUUGUGCUGCAUUGAAAUUUGCUUGAAUUGAACAGAGGGAGUAAUAGAAGGUUUUGGAGACAAUGAGUAGUGUGUUCGAGGGAUAUGAACGCCAGUAUUGUGAGCUUUCAGCAAAUCUAUCAGCAACAUGCGCUGCAGCUGGUGCUCUUAAUGGAGAGCAAAAGAAGCAACAAAUUUCAGAAAUAAAGGCUGGAAUUGAUGAUGCAGAAGCUUUGAUUCGAAAAAUGGAUCUUGAGGCAAGAAGUUUGCAGGCAAACAUUAAGGCUGUGCUUCUUGCCAAGUUGCGGGAGUACAAAUCAGAUCUGAACAAUAUCAAAAGUACUGUUAAGAAAAUUGAAUCUGGAAACUUCAACCCCUCUGCACGGGAUGAGUUGUUGGAAUCGGGCAUGACAGAUGUUAUGACGGCAUCAGCCGAUCAAAGAGAAAGAUUAAUGAUGGCAACUGAGAGGUUGAACAAGUCUGGCGACAGAAUUAAAGACAGUAGGAGAACAAUGUUGGAAUCUGAAGAGAUUGGCGCUUCGAUUCUUCAAGAUUUGCAUUCACAGAGACAAUCUCUACUCCAUGCAGGUGACACGCUUCAUGGAGUGGAUAAUAACAUAGGGAAGAGCAAGAAAAUUUUGUCCAACAUGUCAAGAAGGAUGAACAAGAACAAGUGGAUUAUUAGCAUCAUCACUGCUAUCCUGGUUUUUGUUAUCAUCUUGAUUCUGUACUUUAAACUUUCGAAAUAGCCAAGCCUAUUGGUUCAUAAAUAUCUCCUAAAUGCAAGGUUGUUUUAGUUUUACCCUUGUUUCUCUCCUCUCUUCUCGUCUCUUCUCUUCUUUGAUCUGAGCGCUUGGAAAAAUAUGCUACGCUGUGGAAUGCUGCACCCUAAGUUGACACUGUUUUCUUCUGUAAAUGUGUGGUGUGUCUUAUGUUGGCUGUCAUGUAUGAAAAGUUGAAUUUUGUUUUAA